AUGGCGAUGUGGACGGCGCCUAGUUCCAGACUCUUCGUCGCCGCCUCCGCUAUUUGGUACCCAGGGUACAGCUGCCUCCGCUAUUUGGUACCCAGGGUACAGAAUAGCUUAUUCGGGACCCGAGCCCCCGAGCGCGACCCGCCCGCGGCCGCGCCAGUUUUUUCCGCGUGCGCGAACGUGGCCUCAGGGUCCAGGCUCGGUAGACCGAGCGCCCCUCCCGUUUUGGUGGACCGAGGGAGAGCGUCCGUCAGUUUCUCCGCGCCCUGGAUCUCGUCCGUUUCGAAAAGCCUCCGCCUCCCCGGCCACCCUCCGCCGCCGCGUGCCAACCCUGUUGAGAUCCAGCGCCAGCUCGCCGCCGCCGCCACCGCCGCCGACGAGAUGCAGGGUGACCAGCAGCAGCCGGGUCUGUCCCCGUUCGCCAUGGCGUACGGCGGCCAGACGGUCUGGGAGAGAGCGGAGCGUGACGCCGCCGCGUUCCGGUUCAACGACGCCAUGGCCGCGGACACCGCCUUUCUGAUGCCGAUCGUCCUCAGGGAGUGCGCCGAGGUCUUCCGUGGGCUAACCUCCCUCGUCGAUGUCGCCGGCGGCCUUGGCGGGGCCGCUGCGACCAUAGAAGCGGCGUUCCCGGAUUUGAAGUGCACCGUGCUGGAUCUUCCACAGGUCGUCGCCUGCAAGUGGUGA